GCGGGUGUGAGGGGGCGGGUUGGUGGCCGGGGGAAGCCAGGGUCUUCAGGGUUGAUUGGACCUCCUGGUGAGAGAGGCACACCUGGGCCUCAGGGCUAUCGAGGGGAGUUCGGAGCCAAAGGGGAUCACGGCCCACGUGGCCCGGCAGGUCGACACGGGCCAGGCGGGGGUAUCGGAGGCCUCGGGCCACGAGGAAGCCAGGGGCCACCAGGGCCGCAGGGGCCCGCAGGGCUCACAGGGAUUCCAGGAGGAUCUGGACUAUAUGGAAUAAGUGGGCAGCGUGGAGAGAAGGGAGAAUCGGGCGCGUCUGGGUCCGCUGGUAACAUCGGUCCCCCAGGGUUAGAUGGUCCACAGGGCGCACCCGGCCAAGGUGGCGAAGUUGGUUCAUCUGGACUAAAGGGUGCCCAGGGAGAUCCAGGUUCCUGGGGAUCACAGGGCCUCGUGGGGCUAAAAGGACAGCCCGGACCAGGGGGCACUCUGGGGCCUCUGGGUGAGAAGGGCCCUGAAGGGAACGAGGGAGAAGAUGGUGCGUUCGGCAUCAUGGGAGAAUCUGGGCCCAAAGGACUAAAGGGAGGUUUGGGUCAUCAAGGGGCUUCUGGAUUUGAGGGGGGCCCGGGUCUCCUUGGCAACCCAGGGUCACGGGGGUCAAAGGGAGAGAAGGGUUACAGUGGACUAACGGGCCAACCAGGUCUCAUUGGAAAGACAGGAAUAGCCGGUCUGAUGGGAGUGCGGGGUUUCCCUGGUAAUUUUGGAAGGGCUGGAAACGAUGGAAUACCCGGACCGAAGGGAGUUAAAGGUCUCGUUGGUCCGACCGGUUCCGCCGGAGCUCUAGGUCCUAAGGGAGUCACAGGGAUGAGGGGGACAAAAGGAGAUCCUGGAACGUGGGGGCAAAAGGGGACUCCAGGAUCCACAGGGGUCCGAGGCGACCUCGGGCCAAAGGGCUUUGUUGGACCCGAGGGGGCCCGGGGCCAGACUGGAGUGAAAGGGGAACAAGGAGAGCCGGCAUCCGAAGGGCUUCCAGGAGACAAAGGACCUACGGGAACAUCAGGAACAGAUGGUUCGGUGGGUGAGAUGGGACCUCCAGGACUGACUGGACCUCCGGGACCCCUGGGCCCUAAAGGGAAACAAGGACCAGAAGGGAGACGAGGAAAGAAAAAACAAAAGGGUGACGACGGUCCGAUCGGGAAAGCAGGGAAGAAAGGACGCACGGGGAAGCGGGGAAAGAGAGGGAAGGCUGGGAGCAGAGGGCUGAGGGGAGUCCAUGGGGAGAAGGGGGAGAGAGGAGCUGCUGGUCCACUCGGACCUCUGGGAAGACCUGGGGCUUACGGUGCUGGCGGGCUACGAGGCGUUAAAGGGGAGCGGGGUCAAGGGGGUUUAAAGGGGGAAGUUGGACAAGGAGGGUUGUAUGGCCGUCCUGGAAAACAAGGAUUGAAGGGAGCCAGAGCAUCUGCUGGGAAGAAAGGCAGCAGAGGAUCGAAAGGAGAGCAGGGAGAUAUCGGCCCAGAUGGGAGGUGGGGCAGGGCCGGUCUACCAGGGCUACCUGGGCUGUUUGGACACAAGGGUCUAAAAGGUUUCUCCGGAAUUUCCGGCUCUGCAGGAAAGAGAGGUUUACCUGGACCUCCUGGCCCUCCCGGACCCCCUGGAACCUCAUUGAACCUCACACUGACCAAUAUAAAGGAACUCAUGUACGUGUCAGGCAAACCCAACUACCUCCUGGUGCGCACUCUGUUGGCCUCCCUUCAGAGAGACCUGCGCUGGUUCCUGGAUCCACCAGAUGGCAGCAGAGAGCACCCCGCCACCACCUGCCUGGAGCUGUGGCUGGUCAACCCAAACGUUUCCAAUGGGAAUUAUUACGUGGAUCCGAACCAGGGCAGCCCCGCCGAUGCCUUCCAGGUGUACUGCGACUUCACGGAGGAACCAAAGACCUGCCUGAGGCCGCUGCGCUCUCAGGUUCCAGUGAAGCCGUGGCUGGUAGACGCCGGCACCGACGUGGCCUUCCAGUGGUUAAGCACCUUUAAAGGUGGCUUCCAGUUUGAGUACCCUGGGUCGGACGUGGUGCAGAUGAGGUUCCUGAGACUGGGAAGCCGGUUCUGCAGCCAGAGGGUCAGCUACUCCUGUGGGCCGGGGGGGCGGCAGGGGUCCCGGGAGAGGCAGGUCAAGUUCCUGGCGGACACGCGGAGACAGAGCUAUCUGGCGGCGCUCAGCGACUGUGAGCCAUGGGACGGGCGGGACCCGGAGCAGCCCGAGUCGGUCUUCCUGUUUGAGAGCGAGGACCUGGGCCUGCUGCCCCUCAGGGACGUGGGGGUACUGGGCAACCACCGGCUGACCCAGGGGUUCGGCUUCACCGUCGGACCCGUCUGCUUCAGCUAGGGGAGU